AUGUCUUCUUCCACCGAGAAUCUGCACAGCGGCGACGGCGAGGGGGAGCAGCACCACUCCAGCAACAGCCUGAGCAGCAUCAAGUCGGUGUUCUCGUCGCUGAAGCGUGCCGCCACCAACGACAGCAAGAACAGCGACGCGUCGAGCGACUCCAAGUACGACCCGCUCACCGUCCAGCCGGACGCGCUGCCCGACAACCGCAGCGACAUCGAGGGCCUGCUCAACCGCCAGCUCAGCGCGCUCGACCACCUGCGCCGCACCGUAGUGGCCCGCAACCAGGAGAUCAAGGACUACUGCUCCCGCGCGGCGUACUACUACAACCUGCGCCCGCGCGUGGCCCCGUCGUUCCUGCGCCAGCUCGACAUCGAGAUCCACGUGCUCCGCCAGCAGCGCAAUGGGUUCCAGGCCCUCGUGGACAUGCGGCACAACGAGAUCGUGCGCAUGGCCGAACACCGCAAGAAGCUGGACGCCGCGCAGGGCCUGGACUGCACCGUCUAUGACAUGUACCUCAAUUUCCGCCGCGUGUCCGAGUGGGAACAGCUUUUCUCGAUUUGA